GUCGUCGCCGUCGUUGACGUUGCAUUCUAAUGCACAAGAAAUGAACGCCACGUUUUUCAUAUAAUAGAAAGAGAAAGGAAGUAGUGUGUGUGUGUGAAAGAGGAGUAAGAGAAAGAGAAAAAGAGCGAGAGAGAGAGAGAGAGAGUCAACGAAUUCUACAAUAUCUGUGCAAAUAAUCGUUGUUCUUUUUAUUUGUAAUACUUUUUUACAACAACUUUAUCGUGUGUGUCGCUGCCUGCUGCAUAAGCAAACAGGGUAAGUGCAGCCAAAAGAAGCCCCAACCCUCGACCAACCUCCCCAACCAUCCUGGAUAUGAUAUUAGCAGCGUAAGCUGUCACCGACAUGGGCAGUGAGCAAUACUGCUUGAGGUGGAACAAUCAUCAAUCCAACCUGUUAGGGGUGUUUAGUCAAUUAUUACAGGACGAGAGCCUGGUGGACGUUACAUUAGCUUGUUCAGGGGGCCCAUCCAUCAGAGCCCAUAAGGUGGUCCUCUCGGCCUGCUCCUCAUAUUUCCAGAGCCUGUUUCUGCAGCACUCCGAUCCACAUCCAAUUGUGAUAUUAAAGGACGUCCGUUUUGCCGAGCUGCAAACUUUAGUUGAAUUCAUGUACAAGGGCGAGGUGAACGUGCAAUAUUGUCAGUUGCCAGCGCUGCUCAAGACAGCCGAAUCACUCAAGGUUAAGGGCCUAGCCGAGAUGACAAAUCAAAAUACGACGCUGCGGGAACCCGAACGGGAACCGGAUCGACUACGUCCCCAUUCGCAGGCCAGCGGUGCCAACAAAGCGGCCGAUAGUCCGACAGCAGCAGCGCUCGAUGCAACGGCAGCAACAGCAGCAGCGGCUGCGGCAGCAGCGACAGCAACCAGCUCAUCAACAGCAACUGCAGCAACAACAGCAACCACAACAACAACAGCAGCAGCAGCAGCAGCAGCAGCGACAGCAACGGGUGGCGGCAGCAGCUCAUCCACGAGUAGUACGACAAGCAGUACAGCAACAACAGCAACUACAACAGCAGCAGCAGCAGCAGCAGUAACAAGCACAGCAACAGCAACAGCAACAACAACACAAGCAGCAACACCAACACAAGCAGCAGCAGCAGCAGCUGAGAGUGGAUCUGUGGCAUUGGCGGUGAAGCGUGAGGCAAGCGAACGUUGCAGUCCGACGCCGCCAAAGCGACCAGCGAGCAGCGGUACCGCUGCCAUUGAGUUGCUGGAGGAUGAUGAUGAGGACGAGGAUGAUGAGGACGAUGACCUUGAGGAGGGUGAGGAGCAGCUGCAGCUGGGCGAGGUGGAGGAGCUGGAUGAGGAUACACCAAUGCCGCUAGAUCUCUAUCAAAGACCCGCCGCUGUUGUGCCGCCCGAAAGCGCCACCAGCAGCCACAAUAAAAACAGGAGCAGUAACAACCCAAGCACCAGCACCAGCACCAGCAGCAGCAAUAACAACAACAAUAACAGCAACAACAACAACAACACAAGCAGCAGCAGCAGUAACAACAACAACAACAACAACAACAACAACCAAAUGAAGGCCACCUGCUCCUCCUCCUCAGCGCAAGUAUCGCCCAGCGGCAGCAACGGCGACUGCGCAGCCAACGCAGCAGCCGAGCCGAGCAGCCUUAUUGUUGUUGCCGUAGAUGAUGAUGAUGAUGAUGACGACGACGAUGAUCAUGCGGAAGACAAUGAGCUGGACGACAUGGAUGACCAUGUGAUUGUUGUGGACCGCUCGAGAGCAGCUGCCACAGCAGCGGCGGCACGCGACAUCGCGCAGCGCAUUGCGCAUCAGAGCGCGCGGGCGAGGGGGAUGCAUGGCGAGGACGAGGACGAGGACGACGAUGAUGAUGAGGAGGAUGCGCUGCUGCCGACGGCGGCGCACGAGUCCAUUGGCGGUCUGCAGCCAAAAGCGGAAUUGCUGGACGAUGACUAUGACGACGAGAUGGAUCUGGAUGAUGAUGAUGAGGCGGACAACAGCAGCAACGAUAUGGGCCUCAACAUGAAGAUGAGCAGCGGCGGUGUCGAUCUCUCAACGGGCUCAACCGUAAUACCAUCGCCGUUGAUUACGCUGCCCUCAUCAUCGGCAGCGGCAGCUGCUGCACAUGCAGCCGCCGCAGCUGCCGCCCAUGCAGCGGCCGCCAUGGAAUCAGCACGCUCGACACCAGGCGGUGGCGCCUCCGAUCUAAGUCUGUCAGCGCGUCCAGCGUCACGAUCAUCGCGCGACGGCAGCAAUGCCGCCGACGGACGCUCCACUAGCCUAUUGAAUCCCGGCUCCGUAGCCGGACUCUUGCCAGUGCAAUCGGUGCCAUUGAGCCUCAAGAAAGAAAUCGAUUGCAGUGAGGAUGAUAACAGCAGUCACGGUAGACACAUGCAACCGCGUUCGGCAUCAGCUGGCGGCGGACUGGGCGGCGACCUUGACUACCGCGCCUCGCACGAAUCGCUGCUGCGCAACUUUGGCUCCCCGAUGAGCGCAAUGGCCGCCAGCCGAUGCCCCACCCCCUUUGCGUUUCCAUUUACGCCACUCGGUUUGAGCCUUUUCGACAUUGAUCCGUCCAGAAUACUGAGCCUGCUGCACCACCAGACCUGGCUGGCCGAAGAAGCAUUGCGCACUCGAGGAUUGCUGAGCGCACCGAAGGAUUUUCCCCACCGUUUUACCACGCUUAGCGAUCUGCUUACCAAGGACUUUCAGCCAACUGGUGCCGGCUUUUCGGCCAAGUCAUCGCAGUCCCAGGCGCAGUCCACAACGAACCGUUCCAGCGAAGUACAGUACAAACAACAACAACAACAAACAACACAGCAACCACCAACAGCACAACAACAACAGUCACAACAGCAGCAGCAACAACAACCGCAGCAGCAGCAGCAGCAGCAGCCACUUGCCGCCUUCAAUCUGCGCUAUGCCACGCCCACUACCAACUUUUUCCAACACUCGAAAGCUGGCAAAACGACAAAUGCACCCUCGCCCCAGCAAAUGGCGACUUCGUCAACAAUUUCGGUCGGAGAAUCGCAACUGGAGUCGCCUCAAGCGGAGGCGAAACGAAACAGUGCCAACGAUAGCGAUGAUGUCAGCAUUGUGGAGCUGGGCAGCGAACGGAGCGUCGUAACGCCCAACAGCAGUGCAUUGCUGUACAAGGAAUCCCUCGAACAGCUCCUCGCCCAGCAGCAGCAGCACCAACAGCAACAGCAACAGCAGCAGCAGCAGCGACGUCGCGCUGCCAGCAAUAGCACUCCAGGCACGGGCAGUGGAUCUGCAGCGGGUGGAGUUGGAACUGCAGCGGGUGGAGUUGGUGCUGGCGGUGUCAUCGUCGAUGCGAGCGGAUUGCGGCAGUAUACGAAGCUAUUGUUGUCGGGCGCUGGGACGCCCGUCAGCUGCACGGACACAUCGAGCAGCUGCAAGGAGAAGAGCUCCUCGUCGUCUACCUCGUCGACGCCGCCGCCGAGUAGUGCACUCCUUGCACAGCAUCAGCAGCUCAGCCAAAUGCUGAAGAGUCCAUCGGACACAUGCUCCUCGCUGUUCAGCGAACCGAUCGAGGAGGAGACACGCUGCGUCGUCUGCAAUGCCCAUUUCCCGAACGUUUGGCUGCUCGAGCAGCAUGCGGCACUGCAGCAUCCGCACAUUGGUCCCGGCGAUGAGAAGCCCUUCAUUUGUGAGCAGUGCGGCCAAUCGUAUCGCUAUCGCAGCGCCUACGCCAAGCACAAGGAGCAGAAUCAUCGGGCCCGUCUCCCCGCCGACAAGCUCUUCACCUGCGACGUCUGCGGCAUGCAGUUCCGCUAUCUGAAGAGCUUCAAGAAGCAUCGCCUCAACCAUGCCCUCGAGCGUCUGCAUGGCAAGAAGAGUAUUGGCGUCGGCGUCGGCGUCGGCGUCGGUGUUGGCGUUGGUGUGGGCGUGGCAGCAGCACGACAACUGGCAAGUGGUGGAGCAACAGCAGCGGCGAGUGCGGCACAGCAGCUGGAGCAGGACGUGGUGACCAGCUCGCAGGAGCCAAUGCUGGCCGACGAGGGCGAAGAUCUGCGCAUCAAUGUGAAGCGCGAGAACGACGAGACAGCCAACCAGCACCAGCAGCAGCACCAGCACCAGCAUCAGCAUCAGCAGCUGCAGCUGCAGCAGGAUGCGACCAGCGAGGAGCAUGAGCAGGACAACACUAUCGAUUCAGCGGGCAUCACAAUGCUCUACAAUGACAACAAUUCAUCGGCUUCGGCCUCCACCAGCGCCACGGAGCCGAACAUUAGCAGCUCCGACGGCAUACAUAGUACAAACAAGCGGUCACGCCUGUUGAACAGCGCACACCACUUGGAAACGGAUCCCUCCUAUCAUCAUCAACAGCAACACCAGCAUCAACAUCAGCAUCAACAUCAGCAUCCACAUCAGCAUCAACAUCAGCACCAUCACCAACAGUCGCAGUCGCAGCAGCAGCAGCAGCAGCAGCUGCCACCACAUUUGGGGCACGUGUCACUGCCAAUGGCCAGCGCCGCGGCAGGUUCGUCAUCGUCAGCAGCGGCUGCGGCCGUUGUAGCUGCAGCUGCAGCCGGUUGCAAUUCGAGCGCCACAGCGAGUGGAGCCGGCAGCACUGCCAACAGUGGCGGCAUCAGUUCGCUCAGCUCGCUGACAUCGCUGAUCAAUGCGGAGCGCAUACCCAAUGAGCAGUUCCUGGGCCUCAAUCCGCAGGAGGCUUCUAUACUCAAUUUUUUGCGUGUCGAUGCCGCUGAGCGACAGCGUGACAAGCGACCGGCAACUUCACGCUUCGCGUGCCCCUUUUGCGGCAAGUGUGUGCGCUCCAAGGAGAACCUCAAGCUGCACGUGCGUAAACACACCGGCGAACGUCCGUUCGUCUGUCUGUUUUGCGGCCGAGCUUUUGGUGGCAAGUCGGACUUGACGCGUCACCUGCGCAUCCAUACUGGGGAACGGCCCUACCACUGCGAGUCCUGCGGCAAGUGCUUCGCCCGUGCGGAUUACCUGUCCAAGCAUUUGACCACCCACAUACACAACGCACCCCGCUGAGAUGAGGCGCGUAGGAGGCGGCUCCUACGCAGAUAAGCUAACAACCGCAGCAAAAGCAUAGAGACAACACACACACACACACGCACACACACACACGCGCACACACACGCACACACACACACACACUACACAGACACCACAAUAUAAGAUGAAUAUAAGCAAGAUGAAAGAAGCACCACUCAAAAGAGAAAACACCCAAGAGGCAUAAGUUACAGGAAAAACAUGUGGAAAUUUAUGUAUAGACCUAUUUUUACUACCAUUAUUAUUAGAUUUACGCAAUGAGAAAACAAGUGUCUAACAUGCAUAUAUUUAUAUAUCA